AUGGAUUCUCUUGUAAUAGAAAAGCAACUUCCAUCUAAUAGUAUAGAACUAACUAAAUUAGUUCAUAUCUGUAGCCAAUGUACACGUACAUUUAAAGAUAUAAAUAAUUUUCGUGAACAUUUAUUUCAAGAACAUGGUGAACUCGGCGUCAAUGUUCGACAAUGCCAUCUUUGCUCUUACGCAACUUUACUCAAAUCGAAAUACGACUGUCACAUAAGAUGUCAUUUAAACAAUCGUGUUCUCCGAUGCCAAAAAUGUAAUUAUUCAACCAUUAAUAUCAGACAUAUGUCAAAGCAUGAACGCCAACAUUGUGUAUCACAUGUAGAUACCAUGAAAAUAACAGAAGUAAAACAUCCUCGAGUUAUCAGUGUGAAUACUUGUAAAGAUGAAAAAGUGCCGAGCUUCUCAACUUGUUUUCUGACGGAUAAAUUGUUAAUUCCUGAUGAGAAAAAAUCUCUCGAUGAUUUACAAAAUUCACGAUCAAAUAGUAACUAUUCAACAGAUGAAUUAAAUCAUAGUUCAUGUUCACAUAAAAAUAGUCUCCUUUCAUUACGUACAAAUGUUUGGACAUUACUUCGAAUGUUACUUCCACAAUUAUCACUUUAUCAACCAUCAACAUUAGCAGCUGGCUACGAAUCCGAUCCUUCUAUCGAUCGACUCGUUGCUAAUCUAAUUCAAAUACCAACAUUUUAUAAACCGUACCCAUCUACAUAA